GUGAUUAGAAAACAAAAUCCCCAAAAUGGCAGCCCAAGUACAACAAUUCAUCGAUCAAUAUAAGGAUACAUUGGAUAAAUCAUUGAAUGACAAAUCGAAACCAUGGACCAAAGUUUUCGAUAAAGUUGAGGAAAAAACAAAUAUUCCCAAACUUUAUCUAUUUUUAGGUGCCGCUGGCUUCUGUGCAUUAUAUUUGAUCUUUGGCUAUGGCGCUCAAUUGCUGUGCAAUAUCAUCGGUGUGGUAUAUCCAGCCUAUGUAUCGAUCCAUGCCAUUGAAUCUAGCACAAAAUUGGAUGAUACUAAAUGGUUGACAUACUGGGUGACAUAUGGCAUUAUGUCAAUUAUUGAAUAUUUCUCGGUUAUCUUGACAUCAAUCAUUCCAUUCUACUGGUUGAUUAAGUGUGGAUUCCUGAUCUGGUGCAUGCUACCAACCGAACAAAAUGGUUCUUAUGUCAUAUACAAUCGCAUUGUGCGCCCAUAUUUCCUUAAACAUCAUCAAGCUGUUGACAGUGCGAUAGACAAAGCCAUUGGACAGGCUAAGAAAAACAUUGGUUCCGUUUUGAAAAAUGAAUAAAAUUCAACA